AUGGUAGCCAGGUGGGCGAAGGGGAGCAAGGACGAUACACCUGCUUUGAAGAAGUCGCCAUUUGACCUGCCGAGUGAGUGACCAGGCCUGACCAUGGAACGGAUUAACAUCAGUAUGGCCAGGGCUACCCUGGUGAAGCACACGGCUGGAGCUGGCCUCAAGACCAGCAGACCCCGAGUCAUGUCCAAGAGUGGGCACAGCAACGUGAGAAUCGACAAAGUGGAUGGCAUAUACUUGCUCUACCUCCAAGACUUGUGGACCACUGUCAUCGACAUGAAGUGGAGAUACAAGCUCACCCUGUUUGCUGCCACGUUCGUGAUGACCUGGUUCCUUUUUGGUGUGAUCUACUAUGCCAUUGCCUUCAUUCAUGGGGACUUAGAACCCAGGGAGCACACUUCAAAUCACACCCCCUGCAUCAUGAAGGUGGACUCCCUCACGGGGGCAUUUCUCUUUUCCCUGGAAUCCCAGACAACCAUCGGCUAUGGAGUCCGUUCCAUCACGGAGGAAUGCCCUCAUGCCAUCUUCCUCUUGGUGGCACAGCUGGUCAUCACCACCUUGAUUGAGAUCUUCAUCACGGGCACCUUCCUGGCCAAAAUUGCGAGACCCAAAAAGCGGGCAGAGACCAUCAAGUUCAGCCACUGUGCCGUCAUCACCAAGCAGAAUGGGAAGCUGUGCUUGGUGAUCCAGGUGGCCAACAUGAGGAAGAGUCUCCUGAUUCAGUGCCAGCUCUCGGGAAAGCUCCUCCAGACCCACGUCACCAAGGAGGGGGAGCGAAUCCUCCUCAACCAGGCCACCGUCAAAUUCCACGUGGACUCCUCUUCCGAGAGCCCCUUCCUCAUCUUGCCCAUGACGUUCUACCACGUGCUGGAUGAGACGAGCCCCCUGAGAGAUCUCACCCCCCAAAACCUUAAGCAGAAGGAGUUUGAGCUGGUGGUUCUCCUGAACGCCACGGUGGAGUCCACCAGCGCUGUCUGCCAGAGCCGCACCUCUUACAUCCCAGAGGAGAUCUACUGGGGUUUUGAGUUUGUGCCUGUGGUUUCUCUCUCAAAAACCGGCAAGUACGUGGCUGAUUUCAGUCAGUUCGAACAGAUCCGGAAGAGCCCAGAUUGCACCUUUUACUGCACGGAUUCUGAGAAGCAGAAACUUGAGGAGAAGUACAGGCAGGAAGAUCAGAGGGAAAGAGAGCUGAGAACGCUUUUGUUGCAACAGAGCAACGUCUGA